AUGGCUGAGCUGCCUGUCCCAGAGCUGCCCCCAGCCCUGUCCCGCUGCAGCGGGCGCUUCACCAUCAGCACCCUCCUGGGCACGGAGGAGGGCGGCCGGGGUCCCUACACCGCGGCUGAGGGUGGUGGCUGUGACAGUGCCCACCCCACCCACCUUUCCAGCAACACCCUCUGCACCAGGACCUUCGGCUACAACACGGUGGAUGUGGUGCCCGCCUACGAGCACUAUGCCAACACCAAGGGGGUGGGUGAUGCCAGCAAAGGGAGGCCCUCGCUGGCUGACCUCCACUCCAUCCUCAAGCCCGACCCAGGCCACCUCCGUGUCCCGGUGUGCGAGGCACAGAGGAGCAACGGCGUGUCAGAGCCUGGGCCGGAGGAGGCAGCAGGGGAGCCGGGCAGAGCCCCCGAGCCCGUCCGCUUCGGGUGGGUGAAGGGUGUCAUGAUUCGCUGCAUGCUGAACAUCUGGGGAGUCAUCCUCUACCUGCGCUUGCCCUGGAUCACAGCCCAGGCAGGAAUUGCCCUGACCUGGCUCAUCAUCCUGAUGUCCGUGACGGUGACCACCAUCACCGGCCUCUCCAUCUCCGCCAUAUCCACCAACGGCAAAGUGAAGUCAGGGGGCACCUACUUCCUCAUCUCGCGGAGCCUCGGGCCGGAGCUGGGCGGCUCCAUCGGGCUGAUCUUUGCCUUUGCCAACGCGGUUGCCGUGGCCAUGCACACAGUGGGCUUUGCUGAAACUGUCCGGGACCUGCUGCAGGAGCACAACUCCCUCAUUGUGGACCCCACCAAUGACAUCCGCAUCAUCGGGGUGGUCACGGUGACGGUGCUGCUGGGCAUCUCCCUGGCUGGCAUGGAGUGGGAGGCCAAGGCACAGAUACUGUUCUUCCUUGUCAUCUUGGUUUCCUUCAUAAACUACCUGGUGGGCACAGUGAUCCCAGCCACUGCUGAGAAGCAAGCAAAGGGCUUCUUCAGCUACCGAGCUGACAUCUUUGCCCAGAACUUCGUGCCCAACUGGCGUGGACCUGAAGGCUCCUUCUUCGGCUUGUUCUCCAUUUUCUUUCCCUCAGCAACUGGCAUCCUGGCUGGGGCCAACAUUUCAGGUGACCUGAAGGAUCCUGCCGUGGCCAUCCCCAAGGGCACCUUGAUGGCCAUCUUCUGGACCACCGUGUCUUACCUGGUGCUUUCCGCGACCAUCGGUGCCUGUGUGGUCAGGGAUGCCUCGGGCAGCCUCAAUGACAGCGUGGCUGUGGGCUCACCAGGCUGCGAGGGACUGGCCUGUGACUUCGGCUGGAACUUCACCGCCUGUGCCCAGCGGCAGAGCUGCCGCUACGGGCUCAGCAACUACUACCAGAGCAUGAGCAUGGUGUCAGGAUUCGGCCCCCUCAUCACGGCAGGGAUCUUUGGUGCCACCCUCUCCUCAGCACUGGCCUGUCUCGUCUCAGCCCCCAAAGUCUUCCAGUGUCUCUGCAGGGACCAGCUCUACCCUCUCAUAGGCUUCUUUGGGAAGGGCUACGGGAAGAACAGUGAGCCCAUCCGUGGCUACAUGCUCACCUACGUCAUCGCCAUCGGCUUCAUCCUCAUCGGCUGGAGACCCUCCUUUCGGUAUUACAGCAAGUGGGCCGCGCUCUUCGGGGCCGCCAUCUCGGUGGUGAUCAUGUUCCUCAUGACCUGGUGGGCGGCCCUCAUCGCCUUCGGCAUCGUCAUCUUCCUCCUGGGAUACGUCCUCUACAAAAAGCCGGAUGUCAACUGGGGCUCCUCCAUGCAAGCCAGCUCCUACAACAUGGCUCUCAACUACUCGGUGGGGCUGAGCGAAGUGGAUGAGCACGUCAAGAACUACAGACCACAGUGCCUGGUGCUGACCGGCCCUCCCAAUUUCCGCCCGGCCCUGGUGGACUUUGUGGGGACGUUCACCAAGAACCUCAGCCUGAUGCUCUGUGGCAACGUGCUGAUUGGUCCACGGAAGCAGAAGAUGCCGGAGUCCCGGCUGACAGCAGAUGGCCAUACCAAGUGGCUCAUGAAGAGGAAGAUCAAGGCUUUCUACACUGAUGUGGUGGCUGAGGAUCUGAGGAGUGGUGUCCAAAUGCUCAUCCAGGCUGCUGGCCUUGGGAAGAUGAGACCCAACAUCCUGGUGCUGGGUUACAAGAGGAACUGGCAGACAGCAUCCCCACAGAGCCUGGAGGACUACGUGGGCAUCCUGCAUGAUGCCUUUGACUUCAAGUAUGGUGUGUGUUUAAUGAGGAUGAAGGAUGGGCUGAAUGUUUCCCGAGUGAUGCAGGCUCACGUGAACCCCAUGUUCGAGGCAGCGGAGCAUCCCGAGAACGGCACUGGUGGCAGAGCAGCCCUGGGCACAGCAGGCCCAGCCAGCUUGGCCAGUGAGCAGCAGGCAAGCACCAUCUUCCAGAGUGAGCAGGGCAAGAAGACCAUCGACAUCUACUGGCUCUUCGAUGACGGAGGUCUCACGCUGCUCAUCCCCUACCUCCUGGGGCGCAAGAAGCGGUGGGGAAAGUGCAAAAUCCGGGUGUUUGUCGGGGGGCAGAUCAACAGGAUGGAUGAGGAGAGGAAGGCGAUUGUCUCUCUGCUGAGCAAGUUCCGUCUCGGCUUCCACGAGGUCCACAUCCUCCCUGACAUCAACCAGAAACCCUGGCCAGAGCACAUCAAGAGGUUCGACGACCUGAUCGCCCCCUUCAGGCUGAACGAUGGCUUCAAAGACGAGGCCACGGUGAACGAGAUGAGGCAGGGCUGUCCCUGGAAGAUUUCUGACGAGGAAGUCGAUAAAAACAGAGCUAAGUCGCUCCGACAAGUGAGGCUGAACGAGAUUCUGCUGGAUUACUCGCGGGACGCGGCGCUCAUCGCCAUCACGCUGCCCAUCGGCAGGAAGGGGCGCUGCCCCAGCUCCCUCUACAUGGCCUGGCUCGAGACCCUCUCGCGGGACCUGAGACCCCCCAUCAUCCUCACGCGCGGAAACCAAGAGAACGUGCUGACCUUCUACUGCCAAUAAAACCUCC